AUGAUGUCGCGUUCGCAGCCCUGGCUGUCGUCCUUUUUCGCAAUUGUUGCGGUCCUCACCCUUUUGACUCCUGUACACUCCCUCUAUUUCUACAUCCAACCAAAGCAUCAAAAAUGCUUCUUUGAGGAACUGCCUCAUGGUACUCUAGUUGUUGGUCAUUACAAGGCUGAAGUCUUACAGCCGGAAACCAGCCUUUACACUACGGAUCCUGCUGUUGGCAUUACUAUCACGGUAGAUGAGACAUUUGAUAAUGAUCACCGCGUCGUCUUCCAGCGUGGAGGGAAUGCUGGACGUUUCACCUUCUCCGCCGCAGAUGCCGGCCAGCACAAGCUCUGUUUCACCCCAGACACGGGUUCUGGAGGAUGGCUUGCGGGUUCGCCUGCGGUUAAAUUGACCGUCGACAUGGCCAUUGGAGAAACCAGCAAAAUCGAGAGUGAAGAUAAAUCUAAAAUGGAAGAUAUGGCUCAGAGAGUCAAAAAUCUCAAUAGCAGACUUCAAGAUAUCCGCCGAGAGCAGGUUUUCCAACGGGAACGGGAAGCAUUGUUCCGCGAUCAGUCUGAAGCCACCAACGCCAGAGUGGUCCGCUGGACUCUAAUCCAACUCGCCCUUCUUUCACUGACUUGCGCAUGGCAACUCUCCCACCUCCGGUCCUUUUUCAUUAAACAAAAACUUACAUGA